AGCGAGGAGGAGGAGGAAGAGGAGGACAUGGUCUCCGAAGAGGAGGAGGAGGACGGCGACGCCGAGGAGACCCAGGAUUCGGAGGACGACGACGAAGAUGAGAUGGAGGAGGACGACGAUGACUCCGAUUAUCCGGAGGAGAUGGAAGACGAUGACGACGACGCGAGUUACUGCACGGAAAGCAGCUUCAGGAGCCAUAGCACCUACAGCAGCACUCCAGGUAGGCGAAAACCAAGAGUACAUCGGCCUCGUUCUCCAAUAUUAGAAGAAAAAGACAUCCCACCCCUUGACUUUCCCAAGUCCUCUGAGGAUUUAAUGGUGCCUAAUGAGCAUAUAAUGAAUGUUAUUGCCAUUUAUGAGGUACUGAGGAACUUUGGCACUGUUUUAAGAUUGUCUCCUUUUCGCUUUGAGGACUUCUGUGCAGCUCUAGUGAGCCAAGAGCAGUGCACACUCAUGGCGGAGAUGCACGUCGUGCUUUUGAAAGCAGUUCUGCGUGAAGAAGACACCUCCAAUACUACCUUUGGGCCUGCUGACCUGAGAGAUAGUGUCAAUUCCACACUGUAUUUCAUAGAUGGGAUGACGUGGCCGGAGGUGCUGCGUGUGUACUGUGAGAGCGACAAGGAGUACCAUCACGUUCUUCCGUACCAGGAAGCCGAGGACUACCCUUAUGGGCCAGUAGAGAAUAAAAUCAGAGUUCUGCAGUUCUUAGUGGAUCAGUUUCUUACGACAAACAUUGCUCGUGAGGAGUUGAUGUCUGAGGGGGUGAUCCAGUACGAUGACCAUUGUAGGGUUUGCCACAAACUUGGGGAUUUGCUUUGCUGCGAGACGUGUUCAGCUGUGUACCAUUUGGAGUGUGUUAAGCCACCUCUUGAGGAGGUACCCGAGGACGAAUGGCAGUGUGAAGUCUGUGUAGCGCACAAGGUGCCUGGUGUGACUGACUGUGUUGCUGAAAUCCAAAAAAACAAACCAUAUAUUCGACACGAGCCUAUUGGAUAUGAUAGAAGUCGGAGGAAAUACUGGUUCUUAAACCGAAGACUCAUAAUAGAAGAAGAUACAGAAAAUGAAAAUGAGAAGAAGAUCUGGUACUACAGCACAAAGGUCCAGCUUGAAGAAUUAAUAGACUGUCUAGACAAAGAUUACUGGGAAGCAGAACUUUGCAAAAUUCUAGAAGAAAUGCGUGAAGAAAUCCACCGGCACAUGGAUAUAACUGAAGACCUGACCAAUAAGGCUCGGGGCAGUAACAAGUCUUUUCUAGUGGCAGCUAACGAAGAAAUUUUGGAAUCCAUUAGAGCCAAAAAGGGAGACAUUGAUAAUGUUAAAAGCCCAGAAGAAAUAGAAAAGGACAAGAAUGAAACUGAGGAAAACAACAGUAAAGAUGCUGAGAAAAGCCAAGAGGAGCUCAAAGAUCAGUCCUUUGAAAAAGACAGUGACGACAAAUCACCAGGUGAUGAUCUGGAACAAGGAAGACCUGAGGAGCCAACAGAAGUUGGGGAUAGAGGUAACUCUGUGUCAGCAAAUCUUGGCGACAACACAACAAAUGCUUCUUCAGAAGAGACUAGUCCCUCUGAAGGGAGGAGCCCUGUGGGGUGUCUCUCAGAAACCCAUGAUAGCAGCAACAUGGCAGAGAAGAAGGUGGCAUCCGAGCUCCCCCAGGAUGUGCCAGAAGAAUCUAGCAAGACAUGUGACAGCAGUAACACUAGUGCUACCACUACCUCCAUCCAGCCUAAUCUGGAAAACAGUAACAGCAGCAGUGAACUAAAUUCUUCCCAGAGUGAAUCUGCUAAGGCAGCUGAUGAUCCUGAAAAUGGAGAAAGAGAAUCUCAUACACCUGUCUCUAUUCAAGAAGAGAUAGGCGAUUUCAGAUCUGAGAAGUCUAAUGGGGAAAUAAGUGAUUCUCUUGGAGCUGGAAGAGGAGCAUCUGGCGCAACUCGAAUUAUCACCAGAUUACGAAAUCCAGACAGCAAACUUAGUCAGCUGAAGAACCAGCAAGUAGCAGCUGCAGCCCAUGAGGCAAAUAAAUUAUUUAAGGAGGGUAAAGAGGUACUAGUAGUUAACUCUCAAGGAGAAAUUUCACGGUUGAGCACCAAAAAGGAAGUGGUCAUGAAAGGAAAUAUCAACAAUUACUUUAAAUUGGGUCAAGAAGGGAAGUACCGUGUCUACCAUAAUCAGUACUCCACCAAUUCAUUUGCUUUGAAUAAGCACCAACACAGGGAAGACCAUGAUAAAAGAAGGCAUCUUGCACAUAAAUUCUGUUUGACUCCAGCAGGAGAGUUCAAAUGGAAUGGUUCUGUCCAUGGGUCCAAAGUCCUUACUAUAUCUACUCUGAGACUGACCAUUACCCAACUAGAAAACAACAUCCCUUCAUCCUUUCUUCAUCCCAAUUGGGCUUCACACAGAGCAAAUUGGAUCAAGGCAGUUCAGAUGUGUAGCAAACCCAGAGAAUUUGCAUUGGCUUUAGCUAUUUUGGAGUGUGCAGUUAAACCAGUUGUGAUGCUUCCAAUAUGGCGAGAAUCCUUGGGACAUACCAGAUUACAUAGAAUGACAUCAAUUGAAAGAGAAGAAAAGGAGAAAGUAAAAAAAAAAGAGAAAAAACAAGAAGAAGAAGAAACAAUGCAGCAAGCUACAUGGGUAAAAUAUACAUUUCCAGUUAAACAUCAGGUUUGGAAACAAAAAGGAGAGGAAUACAGAGUAACAGGAUAUGGUGGCUGGAGCUGGAUUAGUAAAACUCACGUUUAUAGGUUUGUUCCUAAAUUGCCAGGCAAUACUAAUGUGAAUUACAGAAAGUCAACAGAAGGAAUCAAAAAUAAUGUGGAUGAAAAUAUGGAUGAUUUGGAUAAAAGAAAAAGCCCACAAAGUCCUAAAAAAUUUAAAACAGAGACAGAUUCUGAGAAAGGUGAGAUAAAAGAUUCAGAUACCGGAAAAGAAGCAGACCAGAAUGAAAUGGAGACUUCAGAGAUGACUGAGAAGGACCAAGAUGUAAAAGAACAUUUAGAUUCUGACAAUGAUAAAUCCUUCAAGGAGGAACCAAUGGAAAUAGAUGAUAUAAAAACAGAGUCUCAUAUAAAUUAUGAGGAAAGUACUCAAGUAGAUGUGGUCAAUGUCAGUGAGGGUUUUCAUCUAAGGACUAGUUACAAAAAGAAAAUAAAAUCAUCCAAAUUAGAUGGACUUCUUGAAAGAAGAAUUAAACAGUUUACACUGGAAGAAAAACAGCGCCAUGAAAAAAUGAAGCUGGAGGGUGGAAUUAAGAGUGCAGGAAAGUCUUCUCCAAGUUCUUUGAAAAGUCCUUCUGAGUCACCAGUAGUAACAAAAGCAAAAGAAGAGUGUCAAACUGACUUGCUUGCACAAGAACCAAGCUCCAGUGCAAGUAAUGACAAAUCUGAAGAAUUGAUUCAUGGAUGUUCACAAAGUGAUCCCUCACUUCUUGGAAUUGGUGAUCCUAGUUUUACCACAAACAAACUUUAUGCAAAAGAUCAAGUGUUAGAUGAUGUCUCCAUUCAAAGUCCAGGAACAAACAAUCAGAAACGAAAUUCCAUUGAAAAUGACAUAGAUGAAAGUCUCUCUGAACGAACCAGUAAAAGCCAGGAACUCAGUAAGAUAAGAACAAAAGGAAGUGAUUUCUUCGUUGAUGACUGUAAACCAGUCAGUGGAGAGGAUAGUGGUACUUUGAUCUAUAAGAAUAAAAAACCACUCGACCAGGAGGAUAAUGACACUACUGUUUCUUCUGAAAAUGCUUUGCUUCCAUCAAUACCUAAAAAUACUGGGGACAGAGAUACUCCAUUUCUGUCAAAAGGAAUGGAAUUUGAUGGAAAACUAGGAUGUGAAUCUGAAUAUAAUAGCACUUUAGAAAAUAGUUCUGACACUAUGUCUGUUCAGGAUAGCAGUGAAGAAGAUAUGAUUGUCCAGAGUAGCAGUGAAAGUAUUUCUGAACCAUUCAUGACUCCAGAACAAGGCAUAGAAAGCUUGGAGCCAUUGAAAUCUGAGUUUGUUUCUGAAAAGUCCGCUAGAAACUGUGAUAACAUAUUAGAGGAUAAGGUAACGGAAACAAAUGGCAGAAAACAAAGUCAACCACAGAAGUUAGAGAGACCAGUUAAUAAAUGUAUUGAUCAAGUAAGUCUUAAAAAUAUCACUGACAAAAAGAAUAAUGAAAAUUGGUCUGAAAAGAAAGGGCACAAAGCAAGUACAUUUCAAAUAAAUGGAAAAGAUAAUAAACCUAAAGUAUAUUUGAAAAGUGAAUGCUUGAAAGAAAUCUCUGAAAGUAAAGUAGUAGUAGGUGGUAAUAUUGAACCAAAGGUUAAUAAUAUAAAUAAAAUAAUCCCUGAGAAUGAUAUCAAGUCAUCGACUGUUAAAGAAUCUGCAGUAAAGCCAUUUAUUAAUGGUGAUGUCAUCAUGGAAGAUUUUAAUGAAAAAAAUUCAGUAACAAAUUCACAUCUUCUAAGUUCUUCAGGUGCUGAAGGUAAUUACCAAGCCAACCUCAAGACCCUGCCAUCAACCAAAGAGCCUGAUAAUGUACAGCAUACUGCACCUCCAUCAUCUUGUCCAGAAAGCAAUUCAUUUAAUCAAGUAGAAGAUAUGGAAAUUGAAACUUCAGAAGUUAAGAAAGAUAUACUAUCACCUGUAACAUCUGGAGAAGAAUCUAACCUCAGUAGUGAUUUUGUUGAUGAAAAUAGUCUUCCCUCCAACAAAGAUGAAAACGUCAAUGGAGAAUGUAAAAGAAAAACAGUCAUCACAGAAGUCACCACGAUGACAUCCACAGUAGCCACAGAAUCAAAAACUGUGAUCAAGGUUGCAAAAGGUGAUAAACAAACUGUGGUCUCGUCCACGGAAAAUUGUGCCAAAUCCACUGUCACAACCACCACCACAACGGUAACAAAGCUGUCCACACCCUCCACGGGCAGCAGUGUCGACAUCAUCUCUGUGAAAGAGCAGAGCAAAACCGUGGUCACCACCACAGUGACAGACUCACUCACCACUGCAGGAGGCACCCUGGUAACAUCCAUGACUGUGAGCAAGGAGUACUCCACCAGAGACAAAGUGAAACUGAUGAAAUUUUCAAGACCGAAGAAGAUGCGCUCAGGUACAGCUCUGCCAUCUUAUAGAAAGUUUAUUACCAAGAGCAGCAAGAAGAGCAUAUUUGUUUUGCCUAAUGAUGACUUGAAAAAGUUGGCGAGAAAAGGAGGAAUCCGAGAAGUCCCUUAUUUUAAUUACAAUGCCAAACCUGCCUUGGAUAUUUGGCCCUAUCCUUCUCCCAGACCCACCUUUGGUAUCACUUGGAGGUAUAGACUUCAGACCGUCAAGUCCCUGGCGGGAGUGAGCCUGAUGUUACGGUUGCUGUGGGCCAGUCUAAGGUGGGAUGACAUGGCUGCCAAGGCUCCCCCAGGAGGAGGGACUACACGAACAGAAACAUCUGAAACAGAAAUCACAACAACAGAAAUAAUUAAGAGGCGAGAUGUUGGUCCUUAUGGUAUUCGUUCUGAAUAUUGUAUCAGAAAAAUCAUUUGCCCCAUUGGAGUUCCAGAAGCACCGAAAGAAACACCUACACCUCAGAGGAAAGGACUGCGAUCAAGUGCUCUGCGGCCAAAGAGACCAGAAACACCCAAGCAAACUGGCCCUGUUAUUAUUGAAACCUGGGUAGCAGAGGAAGAGUUGGAAUUAUGGGAAAUCAGGGCAUUUGCUGAGAGAGUGGAGAAAGAAAAGGCCCAAGCAGUCGAGCAACAAGCUAAGAAACGAUUGGAGCAGCAAAAGCCUACAGUCAUUGCCGCUUCUACCACCACUCCAACAAACAGUACAACCAGCACUAUAUCCCCAGCUCAGAAAGUUAUGGUGGCCCCCAUAAGUGGCUCAGUUACUACUGGAACUAAAAUGGUACUAACUACCAAAGUUGGAUCUCCAGCAACAGUUACAUUCCAGCAAAACAAGAACUUUCAUCAGACUUUUGCUACAUGGGUUAAGCAAGGCCAGUCAAAUUCAGCCACCAGCACAGCUGCCACAUCUGCUACAACUAUUGCCAGCACAGGUCAGACGUUCCAAAUUACAGGCAAUCCAGUCACUAUGGCAGGAAAAGUAAUUACCAAACUGCCACUUCCUGCAAACAGCAAGAUUGUCGCUGUAAAUGUGCCAGCAACACAAGGAGGCGUUGUUCAAGUGCAGCAGAAAGUCCUGGGUAUCAUUCCAUCAAGUACAGGUACAAGUCAGCAAACCUUUACUUCAUUCCAGCCCAGGACAGCAACAGUCACAAUUCGGCCUAAUACUUCAGCCUCUGGAACAGCCACGAGCACAUCCCAAGUAAUCACAGGGCCUCAGAUCCGCCCUGGUAUGACGGUGAUUAGAACACCUCUCCAACAGUCACCACUAGGAAAGGCAAUUAUUCGAACACCUGUGAUGGUGCAGCCAGGUGCUCCUCAGCAAGUGGUGACACAGAUUAUCCGAGGCCAGCCUGUUUCCACUGCAGUUUCCUCCCCAAGCACAGCCUCCUCCACACCUGGGCAGAAAGGCUUAACUUCAGGACCAUCCACUCCAAAUCCGCAGUCUUCAACCCCACAACCCCCUCGUCCCCAGCAAGGACAGGUGAAGCUUACCAUGGCUCAACUCACUCAGUUAACACAGGGCCACGGUGGCAAUCAGGGUUUGACAGUAGUAAUUCAAGGACAAGGUCAAACUACAGGACAGUUGCAGUUGAUACCUCAAGGGGUGACUGUACUCCCAGGGCCAGGGCAGCAGCUCAUGCAAGCUGCAAUGCCGAAUGGUACUGUGCAGCGAUUCCUCUUCACCCCAUUGGCAACAACAGCCACAGCGACCAGCACCACCACCACAACUGUUUCCACUACAGCAGCAGGCUCAGGUGAACAACAGAGUAAAUUAUCACCCCAGACACAGGUGCAACAAGCCAAACCUUUGCCAGAUCAGUCAUCAAGUGUGAGUCCUGCAGAAGCCCAGCCACAGUCUACUCUGCCUUCAACGCAGCCCCAGCUCCAGCCCCAAUCCCAGCCCCAGCCCCAGCCCCCAACUCAGCCUGAAGUUCAAACUCAGCCUGAAGUUCAGACCCAAACAGCUGUUUCAUCUCUCAUCCCUUCUGAAGCACAGCCAACCCAAGCACAGUCAUCCAACAAACCCCAACUUGCAGCACAGUGUCAGCCUCAAAGUAAUGCCCAAGGACAGCCUCCUGUUUGUGUCCAGAGUCCACCACAGACUCGAUUGCAUCCAUCAACUCCAUCUCAAGUGUCUUCUAGUCAGCAGCCCCAGGUUCAGACUACAACCUCACAGCCGAUUCCAAUUCAGCCACAUACAUCUCUUCAGAUACCUUCCCAAGGCCAGCCACAAUCACAAGUGCAGGUACAGUCUUCAACUCAAACUCUUUCAUCGGGACAAACAUUAAAUCAAGUUACUGUUUCAGCCCCAUCCUGUCCUCAGCUACAAAUACAGCAGCCACAGCCCCAAGUCAUUGCUGUGCCUCAGCUGCAACAAGUCCAGGUUCUGUCUCAGAUCCAGUCACAGGUUGUGGCUCAGAUACAGGCUCAGCAAGGUGGUGUGCCCCAGCAAAUCAGACUGCAGUUACCUAUUCAAAUUCAGCAAAGCAGUGCUGUGCAGACUCAACAGAUUCAGAAUGUGGUUACAGUGCAGGCAGCCAGUGUGCAAGAGCAGUUGCAAAGGGUUCAGCAACUCAGGGAUCAGCAGCAAAAGAAGAAACAGCAACAGAUAGAAAUUAAGCGUGAACACACCCUCCAAGCUUCUAACCAAAGUGAAAUCAUUCAGAAACAGGUGGUGAUGAAGCAUAAUGCUGUAAUAGAACAUUUAAAACAGAAAAAGACCUUGACUCCCACUGAAAGAGAAGAAAAUCAAAGAAUGAUUGUAUGUAACCAGGUGAUGAAGUAUAUUUUGGAUAAGAUAGAUAAAGAAGAAAAACAGGCAGCAAAAAAACGGAAGCGUGAAGAGAGUGUGGAACAGAAACGGAGCAAGCAGAAUGCUACCAAGCUCUCUGCUCUGCUGUUUAAACACAAAGAGCAACUCAAAGCUGAAAUCCUGAAAAAGAGAGCUCUUCUGGACAAAGAGCUGCAAAUUGAAGUGCAGGAAGAAUUGAAGAGAGACCUGAAAAUAAAGAAAGAAAAGGACAUGGCACAGGUGGUACAGGCCAGUGCUGUGACAGCACCUUCUCCCCCUCUGGCUGCAGCAGUGCCCCCUCCAGCCCCUCCACCUUCACCCCCCUCCAUGCCUGCUCUGCAGCACUCGGGACUCCCCACGUCCCCAGUACCUGCCGCUUCCCAGAAGAGGAAGCGAGAAGAGGAGAAAGACUCCAGCUCAAAGUCCAAGAAGAAGAAAAUGAUCUCCACUACCUCAAAGGAAACUAAGAAGGACACAAAGCUUUACUGUAUUUGUAAAACGCCUUAUGAUGAAUCUAAGUUCUAUAUUGGCUGUGAUCUUUGUACUAACUGGUAUCAUGGAGAAUGUGUUGGCAUCACAGAAAAGGAGGCUAAGAAAAUGGAUGUGUACAUCUGUAAUGAUUGUAAACGGGCACAAGAGGGCAGCAGUGAGGAAUUGUACUGUAUCUGCAGAACACCUUAUGAUGAGUCACAAUUUUAUAUUGGCUGUGAUCGGUGUCAGAAUUGGUACCAUGGGCGCUGUGUUGGCAUCUUGCAGAGUGAGGCAGAGCUCAUUGAUGAGUAUGUCUGUCCACAGUGCCAGUCCACAGAGGAUGCCAUGACAGUGCUCACGCCACUGACAGAGAAAGAUUACGAGGGCUUGAAGAGGGUGCUGCGUUCCUUACAGGCCCAUAAGAUGGCCUGGCCUUUCCUUGAGCCAGUAGACCCUAAUGACGCACCAGAUUAUUACGGCGUUAUUAAGGAGCCCAUGGACCUUGCCACCAUGGAAGAAAGAGUACAAAGGCGAUAUUAUGAAAAGCUGACAGAAUUUGUGGCAGAUAUGACCAAAAUUUUUGAUAACUGUCGUUACUACAAUCCAAGUGACUCCCCUUUUUACCAGUGUGCAGAAGUUCUUGAAUCAUUCUUUGUACAGAAAUUGAAAGGAUUCAAGGCUAGCAGGUCUCAUAACAACAAACUGCAGUCUACAGCUUCUUAAAGUUCAGCGUGUUAACAUAAAAUACAGCAAGAAUCUGGUUGUCUGAACUAUUUUAAAUUAAGGAGCCAGAUGUUUUUAGUCAGGUUAUCCUGACAAGACUUGACCUAAACUUCAUUUUUAUUGGUCAUAACAGUCUAAAUAUAUUCUUGGCCAAUUUUGUCCAACGGACAAGGGAAAAGCAAAGUCAACGACACCAUUAUCUCUCAAGAUCAAAUGGUUUUACUAUUGUGGCAGAAGCGGGAAAACUUUGUUUAUUGAAAAAAAAAAGAAAAAGCAAGAAAAAAGAUACUAUGGGGUCAAGUGUAACUCCAUGGAAAUGCCACGUCUGCUCUUCAGUGAAGAAGCUGGUUUAGAGUCUCACAGAAAACUUUUGACUGUAUUUAUUUAUUGUUGCAAAAAAGACGCUUUUUUAUUGCUGCCCUCAUUUGUCAGCUAAUUAUUUUUUCUUAUAAAAUCCAGCCUCAGUUACAUGUAAUCCAUCCUGUAUCUUAUCAUGAUUCCUGUAGGUAAAAUACAAGAUGACCUCUAGAUGUCUUUUCUUUCUAUGAAAGGAGCUGCUAUGUACACACGUGCACACACACACACAACUGGGAAUCAACAAUGAGUUUAUUGUUCGUGGUAGACAAAAAUUAAGCUUGCAGAAAGGUUGGGCUAAGCGAUCCUGGAGUACAGACUCUGUUGCCUUGAAUAUAUCAGUACAGUUGUCUUUUCCUCUGCACCAGGCUAAAAUGACAAAAUCUAUUUGAAGGUAUCUUGUUUGUAAACAUUUGUCAGAUUCUAAUUUUUUUCUUUUUGUAUUAAAAUUCAACUAUGGAUGUAUAUGAAACAAAAUAAAUGGAGAUAAUUUUUCUCCCACAGAUGGAGGUGUCUUUGUGCGCUAAUGGUUAUCUGUCAGCCUCUGUGGGGAAGGGAGGGGGUUCCCGGGCUAAAAGGCAGAAGGGUCUGAUCAGACCCGGAUUUUUCAGGACAGUAGUGGCCCUUUGUAGUAUAAUUCCCAGUCCAUUGUUACCACGUCAGCAAAAAUCUCCAGGGAUGCUAACGCUGUUACAUUGGUUGAUCGAUUGAUGGAACCAGUGAUGAUGGUAGUAGAACACAGUCACAUCGCCCUCAGUUGUACUUUCUGGGAUUCUAGGCAGAUGAACAGUUAGGACAGCUACUGAAUUCGUAUGAAGGACAUUUUUAAGAUUAUCUCAUCCUCUGUGAAUUUUUUCUUGGUUGGAUUAGUUUUCAUCCUAGUAGCAUAAACAGUGGGGAGACAAAGGAAACAGCAAAGGAAGGUGUAUUUUGCGUGGUUUUCCUUUUGGUGUUCUAACUGUCCACAUUGUAUUACUGUGUUGCAAUAAUGGCUUCUCUGAGAUCUGCCACAGUUAGAUUAAGCAGCUUUGCAAAAAUUUCCCUAGAUUUUGCACUAAUUCAUAUCAGCUUUGGCCUACCAAGUUCUGAAAUUCACCUAAUUGUUUUUUAAAAGUUUCCUUCUGUUCAGUGUUGUCCUGCUAUGCAAAACCUUUCCCAGACCUUAGUUUCUAAAAAGAAAGAUGUUGCUAUAGUUCCUAAUUCUUUCUUAUUACAGGCUCAGGUGUGUAGGUUCUUCUGUCUGGGUUAAUUUUAUGUAAUGGAGCCCAUUCCUUUUUGUACAUAAAGAUGUCACUUAAACCUAUGCUUACAAACUAAAAAGACUAAUUGCUCAAUAUGGAAACAAAGUUUUUGCUUAAAAUAUUAAAAUGGAAGUAGUUAAA